GGGUAGUGCAGGGUACACUCCGGCCAUGGGCAGCAAGAAGGUCUGCAUCGUCGGCUCCGGCAACUGGGGCUCCGCCAUCGCCAAGAUCGUGGGUGGCAACGCGGCGCGGCUGCAGCGCUUUGAGCCGGCCGUGCGCCUGUGGGUCUUCGAUGAGGAUGUGGGCGGUGCACGGCUCAGUGACAUCAUCAACACCCGGCACGAAAAUGUCAAGUACCUGCCGGGCCACCGCCUGCCCGACAAUGUCGUGGCCGUGCCUGACCUGGUGCAGGCGGCGGCAGGGGCCGAUGUGCUGAUCUUCGUGGUGCCACACCAGUUCGUGGGCGGCAUCUGCGAGCAGCUCCAUGAGCACGUGCGCAAGGAUGCCAUCGGCGUGUCGCUCAUCAAGGGCGUGGACGAAGGCCCGGAUGGGCUGAAGCUGAUCUCAGAUAUCAUCCGUGAGCGGCUGGGCAUCGAGAUGAGCGUCCUGAUGGGCGCCAACAUUGCCAACGAGGUGGCGGAGGAGAAGUUCUGCGAGACGACCAUCGGCUCCAAGAACCCGGAGCACGGGCAGAUCCUGAAAGAGCUGCUGCAGACGCCCAACUUCCGCAUCACUGUGGUGCAGGACGCCGAGACCGUGGAGAUCUGCGGGGCCCUCAAGAACGUCGUUGCCGUGGGGGCUGGCUUCUGUGACGGCUUGGGCUUUGGGGACAACACCAAGGCGGCCGUGAUCCGCCUGGGGCUGAUGGAGAUGAUCGCCUUCGCCAAGCUCUUCUGCAAGGGCCCCGUUACCUCCGCCACCUUCUUGGAGAGCUGUGGCAUCGCCGACCUCAUCACCACCUGCUACGGCGGCCGAAACCGCAAAGUGGCCGAGGCCUUCGCCAAGACUGGGAAGUCCAUUGAGCAGCUGGAGAAGGAGAUGCUGAACGGGCAGAAGCUGCAGGGCCCGCAGACGGCCGCGGAGCUGCACCACAUCCUCAAGGGCAAGAACCUGGUGGAGAAGUUCCCCCUCUUCACUGCCGUCUAUCAGAUCUGCUACAAGGGCAGGCCCGUGGCGGAGUUCAUCACGUGCCUCCAGAACCACCCCGAGCACAUCUAGCAGGGCCCAGGCCGUUGGCCAAGGCGCUGACCCUGCUGAGCCCCCGUGCUCCCUGCCUGCUGCUUCUGCUGCCUG